AUGUCGCGAGAACAACCAAAAUUAUCCUCUCAGCGAGUUCAAGAACUACGUGACGCAUUCAAUCUGUUCGAUCGAGAUAAAAGUGGAACAAUAUCCUCAUCCGAACUUCAUCAAAUUCUCAGCGCAUUAAAUUUCAAACCAACCGACAGUUUAGUUCGAAAAGUAAUGAAAGAAAUGGAUAUAGAUGGUAAUGGCACCAUUGAAUUCAAUGAGUUUGUUAAAGUAAUGGGAAGAAUUUACGAACGUAAAUUUACAAAUGAUGAAAUGCAUCGAGCAUUUAAAUGUUUCGAUGCAGAUGAUUCGGGUUAUAUUACACGUGAUGAAUUACGUGAAGUACUACAUCAAAUGAAUCAAAAUGUAAGCGAGGAACGAAUAGCUGAUGCGCUCAGUCAAAUAGAUACUGAUCAUGAUGGUAAAAUUAGCUUUGAAGAAUUUUCUCAGUUGUUUGCAAACGUAGAAUAA